UCUAAAUUUAAAUUUCUUCUUAACUGACGGUUUGGUUACUUAUUUCAUUUUUUUUCAUAGACAGGAUGGCGUCCAAUAAUGUCAAACUGAGUGUUCUCGAUGAUGAUGAGACCUCCAAUAUGUCAACAAGCUCUAUAGCCGCAUCUGACGAAGAAAAUUGGACUAUUGGGGAAAAAAUUGAAACAAUGAGAGAAGAUAUGGAUUUAAAUGAAACGAAAUCAACUGAAAAUGGGAUUGAAAAACCUAGUUUGAUUGAUGCUUGUGCAAGACGCCCGUACCUUGACGGUACCUGGUUCAAACCCAUAAUGGAAGAAUCUUCAUUCGAAGUGGGUGUCUUCGCUAUGUGCCAAGUGUGUUAUAAUGAACACAGUAAGGCCACAAAAAUUAAAGGUUCAGUGAGCAGUGUGUCAAACUAUAAAACGCACGUGAAGUUAUGUCAUAAGAAGAGGCUGAGUGAGUUUGAAAUCUAUUGUGCAGCUAAGAAGAUACGCGUGGCAGAUACUUCUCGACAAGAAAACGGAGUGACAUAUCAUUUCGUGCAGUCAGUUUUUGAUGCUAACAUCUGUAAUUGUGUUCUUCAAACGUUUAUGCGUUUUAAUAUCGUGGAGGAGCCAUCAUUCAUAAAAAUCUUCACAUGAACAUCAAAUCUGGAGAUGGUAAAUGUCUGAAUGUUAUGUCCAGUUCAAGCGUGCAACGCCAUACAGACGAGAAAUAUGAAGGGUUGAUGGCACGAAUCAAAAAUGACAUUGCCAA